AUGACAAGCAACCCAGCUAUCGUCUAUAGCGGCGACGUCUUGCCGCGCGGACGUCUCUUCGAGUCUUGGGAACGGACGAGGCAUUCUAAGCCGGUGCAUUGGUUUAUCGAAUGCUUUGCAGAGUCGAUGGGGGUGUUCCUUUAUACGUGGGCGGGUGCCGGAGCGACGGCGGCAUUUGUUACUGGAAAUAUAUUGGGGCUGGAGGGCGUUGGCUCGCUGCUGGGGAUCGGCUUUGGAUACGCAUUUGGCAUCUUACUGGCGUUGUCGAUAUGCAGUGCUACCUCGGGCGGCCACUUUAACCCAUGUAUUUCAAUUGCGCAGGUUGUGUUCCGCGGAUUUCCCCCAAUGAAGGCGGCGAGGUUUAUUGUGUUCCAAAUUUUGGGCGGCUACAUUGCGUGUUUGCUCGUCUACGCGCAAUGGAGGGAUUUGAUCCAUGCGGCAGAGGCAGCGCUCACCGCCGCGGGCAGGCUUGAGGCUGUGCAAUUUUCGUCCUCGGGUACGGGUGGGAUCCUGGCUUUAUACGCGCCGCCUGGUGCACAUCUGGGAUUGACGUGGGUCAACGAGUUUGUGACGGAUUUCGUCCUUGCUUUGGCGAUAUGGGCUUGCAUUGACCCAACGAAUGUCCUUGUACCUCCGCAAGCGGCGCCAUGGGUCAUCAGCUUCGCAUAUGCAAUGGCGAUUUGGGGAUUCUCACCUAUGGGUCUUGCCGCGAACGCUGCCAGAGAUCUUGGCGGUAGAUUUGCUGCAUUGUCGAUUUACGGUACCAAAGCCAGCGGCGGGUCGUACGCAGCCAUCGCGGCCCUCACCAGCAUACCAGCCACAUUGCUAGCAGUGCUGGUGUACGAGACGAUGUUCGCUGAUUCAGACCGAGUUCUUCCCCGAGCAACACUGGAGUACCUCGCUGUCCACAAGAAUCACCGCCGACACGGCGAUGCCCUUCAUGAAGUGGAGAACCACGCUGAUGCGGACCACAAAACUUCUUAUCCUGAAGCGUCAAAUAAACAUCAUAUUGAGACACAGGAGCAUACCCAGGUAUGA